UCCCGCGCGGGUUCUGCGCAUGCCUCACGCAGCGGCCGCCCUCGCUUUCCCUUGUUUUUCGCGGGCCUCAGAUGGGAGGCAGUCCGGGGCUGCCCAGCUGCUGUUCUUACGGGACCCGCAACACGACCCGUGAUCGACGGUUGUAGAUUAAGAAUUGCCUACAUCUUUUGAAGACUAGCACAAAAUGAGCAAGAAAUCCCAGGGAUCAGUAUCAUUUAAGGAUGUGACUGUAGGCUUCACCCAGGAGGAGUGGCAGCACCUAGACCCAAGCCAGAAAUCCCUGUACAGAGAUGUGAUGUUGGAGAACUACAGCCACCUGGUCUCUGUAGGGUAUUGUGUGACAAAGCCAGAGUUGAUCUUCAGACUGGAGCAAGGAGAAGAGCCAUGGGUAUUGGAAGAAGAAUUCCCAAGGCCAGGCUUCCUAGAAUUUUGGAAAACUGAUUAUCAAAAGGAGAAGAGCAAAGAAAACCAACCUAAACACUUGUGGGGAGUUGUAUUCAUCAAUAACACAGUGCUGGCAAUAGAACAAGGUAAUGCAAUAGGGAAACCAUUUAACUUGGAUAUAAAUUCUUUUCCUCCCAGCAAAGUAUCAUGUCAUUGUGACUCACAUGGAAUGAGUUUCAACAAUAUUUCAGAAUUGGUUAUUAGUAGAAAAAACUACUUAGGAAAAAAGCCUGAUGAAUUUAAUGCCUAUAGGAAAUUGCUACUCAAAAUUAGUGAGAAAAGUGAAUGUUUAAAACAUAGGAAUUGUUUUGGUUAUCAAGAUAAUUACAUUCAGCAUGAAGACAUUGAAAUUUUAGACAGACUAUUUGAAUACCGUGAAUUUCAGGAAACCUUUCUUGAAAAAACAAUAUUCAGCACAUAUAAGAGAGAGAACAAAGAAGAGAAUGACAGUGAAUACAAUGCGUGCAGGAGAACUUUCUGUGAUGGCUCGUCCUUAUUCCCUGAGGCAUAUCCCUCAAAAGAGAAUCACUAUGAGGUCACUGAUGAUGAGAAAUCCUUCCUUGGGAUGUCUACCCCUUUCAAACAUGAUGAGAUACAUAUGAGAUAUAACAAAAGUGGGAAUGACUUCCAGAGGAAGUUAUGUCUCUCCCAACUUCAGAAAAUUCAUAAAGCAGAGAAGCAUUUUGAGUGUAGUGAAUGUGGGAAAGCUUUCUGGGUGAAAUCACACCUCAUCCGACAUCACAGGGUACACUCAGGAGAGAAACGCUUUCAAUGUAAUGAAUGUGAUAAAGCUUUCUGGGAGAAGUCAAACCUCAUGAAACAUCGUAGAUCACAUACUGGGGAGAAACCCUAUGAAUGCAGUCACUGUGGAAAAGCCUUUGGCCAUAAAUCAGCCCUCACUUUACACCAGAGAACACAUACAGGAGAGAAACCUUAUCAGUGUACUGCAUGUGGGAAAACUUUUUACCAGAAGUCAGACCUCACCAAACAUCAGAGAACACACACAGGACUAAAACCCUAUGAAUGUUACGAAUGUGGAAAGUCCUUUUGUAUGAACUCACACCUUACCGUCCAUCAGAGAACACACACAGGUGAAAAACCCUUUGAAUGUCCAGAAUGUGGAAAAUCUUUUUGUCAAAAAUCACAUCUUACACAGCAUCAGAGAACUCACAUAGGGGAUAAACCCUAUAUAUGUAAUUCAUGUGGGAAAACUUUCUAUCACAAAUCGGUACUCACCAGGCAUCAGAUAAUCCACACAGGAUUGAAACCUUACAAAUGUUACAUAUGUGAGAAAACUUUCUGCUUAAAGUCAGACCUCACAGUACAUCAGAGAACUCACACAGGGGAGAAACCUUUUGCAUGUCCUGAAUGUGGGAAAUUCUUCAGUCAUAAGUCAACCCUCUCUCAACAUUAUAGAACACACACUGGAGAGAGACCCUAUGAAUGUCAGGAAUGUGGAAAAAUCUUUUACAAUAAAUCAUACUUAACUAAGCAUAAUAGAACACACACUGGGGAGAAACCCUAUGAAUGCAAUGAAUGUGGGAAAACUUUCUGCCAGAAGUCACAGCUCACUCAGCACCAGAGAAUUCACAUAGGGGAGAAACCCUAUCAAUGUACUGAAUGUGGAAAAGCUUUCUGCCAUAAAUCAGCUCUAAUUGUGCAUCAGAGAACCCAUGCGGAAGAAAAGCCCUAUAAAUGCAAUGAAUGUGGAAAGUCUUUCUGUGUGAAGUCAGGACUUGUUUUACAUCAGAGAAAACACACAGGGGAGAAACCUUAUCAAUGUAAUGAAUGUGGGAAAUCCUUCAGUCACAAAUCAUCCCUCACAGUACAUCACAGGACUCACACAGGAGAGAAAUCCUGUCAGUGUAAUGAGUGUGGGAAAAUCUUUUACCGUAAAUCAGACCUUGCUAAACAUCAAAGAUCACACACAGGGGAGAAGCCCUAUGGAUGUAACAUAUGUGGGAAAACUUUCUCUCAAAAGUCAAAUCUUAUUGUACAUCAGAGGACACACCAGUAGAAAAGUCUUAAGAAUGAAAAGAGUAAUAGAGUAUUUGACCACCAGGCAGCCACUUCAUUAUACUUCAGGGAAUUCACACUGCAGAAGGCUCUUUUGACAUUCUGAAUAUUUAGUAAUCUUCACUCGCAAUGUUAUGUUACAGAGUAAUGACAGGGUAAACUUGUAGUCUGUGUUAUGCAUUAUUGAUUUCCCAGAGUGUCAUAGAAGAAGCAUCUGUCUCCAAAUUGAGAGGGCACUGACAGUCCAAAGAAAGACUUGGACAAGUACAGCUUGGUUAAUGAGUUUAUUUUUGGUUAUUUAUAGGGUGGUGGGUGACCUGCAGGACUACCAAAGUUGCCAUUCCUCUUUUACUAAGCUAUUUGUUUUAUAGGAGUCUUAAGGUAGAUAGGAAAAUUAGGAAAUAGGACUCUUAACAUAAAUAGGAAAAAGUCGAAACCAGUGAUAAGUGUCCUGUGCUGUGUUCCACUCAUUCUUAUUGGCUAUUGCACUAAUCUCAGCAAGGACUAUCAGGCACAGUGCUGAGUGAUUUUGCUGUGCUUCAGCCUGGCAUACAGCCCUAGCCCCUUUCAGGAAUGCACUGGAAAGCCAAGUAGUAGCUCACUGUAAGACAGAGUUGGUUUGGCUAGGGUUUAGAGGACUUUUUCCCCUAUAUGCCACCCAUUCUUCUGGAUUUUUUAUUUUUGCUGCCACUUCAGUGAUGUCUUUGAUCUUGGAAGGAGAGAUAUCUCAUUUAACUGAAGGCUGAACAUCAGGUUAGUAUGUCACACCAACAAUGCAGUCUAUAGUAGCACACUUGCUCUGAGAACAACACAAACACCAGUCAAAGGUACAUGUUCCCAGGUAGAAAUCCUAGCAGAAACACCAUAGAUAUCUGAAAGUCCUACAUUAGGACUAUCUGCUUAUAGACAUAUAAAUGCUCUAUACAUUUGCUUGUAAGUGGCUUAAUGUAUCUAUUACUUUAGCCUCAUUAUCUGGCAUACAAGCACAGUACGUGGUGCCUUCGUUGGUAGCAGUCUGCAUGUCCAAGGUCAUUCUGUGUUGAAAUAACCAUCUUUCACAUUCAUUAUCUCCAUAAUAGCUUUCCAAGCACUUGCUGGUGUUCUCUUUCCCAUUGUGCCAGCCAUAGGUCCAGUUCUCAGAAGACCACCCACUGAUCUGUGCAGUCAGAGGCCAUUCCUCAUGAACAACUAUCAUCCAUACCACUUUUAGAUCAGUCCAUUGGCUGCCAAAAUUUCCCUUUCCCAUUGUCUAUAUCUGUGUCAGUACUGCUUCCCAUUCCAGUUUUUUACCCCCACUGGUGCCAUUGGUGUAGUAAGUGCCUUCAAGAGUGGGCAGUGUCCUUUCUAACUCCUUGUCUAUCGAGGCUCAAUGUUGGUUCAGUCACCUAAAGUAGUUCCAUAGCUUUAAAGGCUGUCAGCCCCAGUAUUGCCUUCAUGGCAUUUGUCACAUGGCUAGCUGAUAGGACUGCACACUGUACAAGUGUGCAUGCCAUUUUCAUAAAUUAUGCUGCUCUGAAAGGGAGUUGACCAUCAGGCCUUUAUUCCUAGCCCUUCAUUGGAUAUGCUUUCUGUACUGUCACUGAAUAGGUUCAGUGGUGGACUUCAUGUGCUGCAGCGCUUUACAUAUAGCCAGAAGUUGCUGCUCCAGUGUCAUAUACUAUAUCCAGUUUCUUCCCCUUUCCAUGAUUGGGCCACAAUGCUGUUAAAAUUGUCUGUUGAUUGUUUCUGCUAUGAUCCCAGCUGUAGCUCUCAGGGCUCCUGAUACAAGCGUUGGAUUACUGGGAUAUAUAACUAUUUAGCUUACCUUGCAAGUAUCUUAGCUUGCUCAAAAUUCUCAAGCCCUAUUUUUCCCAAUUCCAUGGUCACCUUUUUUCAGAGUUAUGUAAUACGCAGAAAAAUUGAGCAAAGUGGGAUAUAAACUAUGUCAGUACCCCAGGACUUCCAGAAAUACCACUAGUUACUUUACAACAAUUGACACAGUCUGUUUUACUAGAUUAACUCAUGGAGGCCAGACCCUCCAUCAUCCCUAGUUCUAACACCUCACGGCUUUAUCCCAGUUCUCCUUUUCUUGUGUUUGCUUGACAUAGGGUUGUGAUUGGAGCUCAACCUCUACUGUUGUAGAGAAGACAAGUCAACCUAGGGUUUCUGUAAUCAUACAAAGCCUUCCUCCAAUCACAUUGCAUUUGCAUUGUCACUAGCAAAUGACAUUUCCUAUAGUCUGUGGGAUACUUUCAAGCCAUCACAAAUGCACACACAUGAGGUUUCCUAGACAUUCUUAAUAGUCCUCAUGUUUCCCUACAUGGAGGCAGAUAACUGUCUAGGAUUUCCCCUUGAGCAGAUAUCUCAGUGUCAGUAGCAUGUCUUGCCAACCAUAUCAGGGGCCUUUAAACAUUUGCUACUGCUCUGUUGCAAUCCUAUCCCAUCUGGACUCUCCAAGAUUGUGGUAUAUUUUCCAGUCUAUUGCAUGUAGAUUAAACUCAUUUAGGCAGUGCCCCAGCCCAUAUACAUGCAAAGGAUGGCUACCCUGGCAUUUUCCCCAUGGGUACUCUUGCCUGACUCAUCUCUGGAUCUGGUAGGUCAGGCUUCAAAUCUUGCAUGAAUUUCCCAGAGCAAUGUAAAAAAAAAAUUUUUUUUUGCUUAUAAAUUGGAAUGGCAUUGACAGUCCAAAGAAUGACUCCAACAAGUUCAGUUUUGCAAACAAGUGGGUUUAUCAUGGCUUACUUACACAGAAGUAGAUAUCUUAUGGCUGCAGCAUUACUGAAGUUACACACACAUACCCUUUGCUAAGCUCCUGGUUUUCUAGGACUCUACACAGCAAAAACUAGAAGCAACAGACGAGCGUCGUUGGGAAAAGUUAUUUGUACUUUAUUGCUACCCAUCCUAGCAAUAAAGGGAACCCCACAGGUCUUAGCAUCUAGCUAGAGCCCACAGGACAGCUAAAUAGUGGCAUUAUGAGAUAGUGUGGCUGUGUUUGAAGAAGUGUUUUCUCUAUAAGACAUCCUUUGUUAAGAUUAAGAUGUAAAGAGCUGGAUGUGGUGGUACAUGCCUUGUAAUCCCAGCACUGGGAGGCUGAGGCAGGGGGAUCACCAUGAAUUCAAGGCCAGCCUGAAUGUAGUGAGUUUAAGACCAGCCUGAACUAUGUAGUGUGACCCUGACUCAGGAAAAUAUGAAGUUUUACAUGUGCUAUCAAUUGUUUUUAUGAAAAACUAGAUUAUUGAAGAAUUUAUAUUGAUAAAUGUAUUCAUUAACUAUAAAUUAAAAUUUUUAAUUAGAAAUAAUAUAGUAUUACAAGUUGUCUUUUGAAUUUGAUGCCAUGAUUGUCUUUUUUUUUUUUUUUUGCCAUGAUUGUCCUUGGAAAUAUAAGUAGUUCUAUGUUCUGGAAUGUAAAACUUUAAAAUCUUAAUAGGACAGAAUAAAAGUACAGAGUAUUAUAUGUCUUUUUAAUAAUGUUAUGUAACCAAAUGUACUCUGAAAUAGAGCAAAUUGAUUAUGUCAUACAACUCGAAAUACACUUUAUUGAAAUAUCACCAGAUUUUACAGAUGCCUUGUCUUUUUGGUAUAAUUCUGUCAAGUUUUACUGCUUGUAGGUUUGA